UACAUGUAUGAAUGUACAUGUACAUGUAUGUACAUGUGAGCAGUCAUGGCGGCUAACGGCGAGAAGAUCCCUGUUCCUUUGCGGACAUACGGCAAAAAACCAGACGUUUUCCAGUUCGAAGAAGGGGAAGAUAAAUACAUGAUAGGUUCGGAGGUUGGGUAUUAUCUGCGUAUGUUCCGAGGUUCUCUUUACAAAAAAUAUCCAUCACUCUGGCGAAAACUAGCCACGGUUGAAGAACGCAAGAAGAUUGUCCACAUCGGAGACCGCUUCGGUCAGCAUGGCCUGGCGACCAACGUCACCCUCCUGAAAGCCACCGAAGUCGAGGAGAUCCUAGAAGGCAACGACGCCAAGUACAAAGCCGUGGCCAUCAGCACCGACUCCAACUCUCUGAGAGAGUCCAAGCCCAAACGCAGCAGGGACUGGGUGCCGGCGCUGCCUAACAGCUCCCAUCACCUGGAUGCUGUGCCUUGCUCCACGAGCAUCGCCCGAAACAGGGUGGGACCCAAGAGACAACGAACAUUCCCCAUGUGCUACGAUGAUCAUGACCCAGCCAUCAUUCACGAAAACUCGGACAUGCCAGAGACUCUGGUUCCCAUCCGAUUGGACAUGGAGAUCGAAGGCCAGAAACUCCGCGAUACUUUCACCUGGAAUAAGAACGAGACACUCAUCACGCCAGAGAUGUUCGCGGAGAUCCUGUGCGAGGAUCUGGACCUCCCACCGGUCAACUUCGUGCAAUCCAUCUCACAGGCCAUCCGCACGCAGAUCGACGCCUUCCCAGCAGACACCAGCAUUCUGGAGGACCAAUCGGAUCAGAGAGUCAUUCUCAAGCUGAACAUCCACGUGGGCAACAUCUCCCUAGUGGACCAGUUUGAGUGGGACAUGGCUUGCAAGGAUAACAGUCCUGAGGAAUACGCCCUCAAGCUGUGUGCCGACCUCGGACUAGGAGGGGAGUUUGUGACUGCAAUAGCGUACAGUAUUAGGGGACAACUCAGCUGGCACCAGCGCACAUAUGCUUUCAGUGAAUCGCCGCUACCCACCGUGGAGAUCGCGGUGCGCAACCAGGGUGAAGCCGACCAAUGGUGCCCCUUCCUGGAGACGCUGACGGACGCCGAGAUGGAGAAGAAGAUCCGUGACCAAGACCGCAACACCAGGAGAAUGCGUCGUUUGGCAAACACCGCUCCCACGUGGUGAGGUUCUCAUGAGGCAAGAAUCUUCAUUCUCUUACCCUUUCAAUGCUGUUGAGAAUUUCUGUCAGUUUUGGAAAUGCCGACACAGUGAGAAAAGUUUGUCAAACUACUCGGAAUUUUUCAGCUUUCUAACAGGGGGUUAUGGUGUUUAGAUAUUUUCCCUGGCCAGGCACACAAUAUCAACGUGUCAAGUAAUGAUGAAUUAUUUUAAUGUUAAAGUUGAGCAAAGAAGUUUACUGGAGCUUGGUUUGAACCUGUGACCUCGGAUUACCAGUGCUCUGCCAACUGAGCUAUUCAGCCUAUUGUCAGUGGUUCCCCAUUUUGUCAAUGUUGUUGUUCAAGGAAUGCUAGUCAGAAGCCAUAAACCUGAUUUGCCAUGUUGCCAGGGAUCACACCCAAGUCACGAUGCUAGCAACAUUAGGAAGGCUGCAAACCUGGGAAAUAGCAAACGGGAAUCACUCAGAGAGGAUACAGCAGUUUGUUACAACUUUUUGAUUCAACGAAGA